GCAGCGGGGUCCUAAAGUCCGGAACCAAGCAAAGAUGACGGUCCAUAACCUGUACAUAUUUGACCGUAACGGAAGCUGCCUGUACUACAACGAGUGGAACCGUAAGAAACAGGCGGGGAUCUCCAAAGACGAGGAGUUCAAGCUGAUGUACGGGAUGCUGUUUUCCAUUCGAUCCUUCGUCAGUAAGAUGUCUCCUCUGGACAUGAAGGACGGUUUCUUGUCCUUCCAGACCAGCAAGUAUCGACUUCAUUACUACGAGACGCCCAGUGGACUCAAGUUCAUCAUGAACACAGACCUGUCUGUGUCCAACGCCAGAGACACACUCCAGCACAUAUACAGCAACCUUUACGUGGAGUACAUCGUGAAGAAUCCCGUGGUCAUGCUCGGACAGAGUUUGGACAGCGAGCUGUUCGGCAGCCGCUUGGACUCUUUCAUCCGCGCGCUGCCGUACUACAGCCCGCGAGCUGCUUGAGGCCUUUGUUCUGGUCUUUAAUGUCUUCAUCUGUGUUUUGUUUUCUGCUCUCAUUAUUGUGGAAUUAAAGUGGUCUGAAAGUCCAUCCAAGUCCAA